AUGAACAGAAUUCUUGCUGCUCCAAUGGUUGCCGUUUCCACUGCAAAUGCACGAAGACUAGUGCGACUCGUUCAUGAAAUGCCGGUUUUGUAUACCGAAAUGCUCGUGGACAAAUCCUUUUUAGGGAAAUGGGAUGCUAAAACAGUUGUCCAGAUUGCCUCCAACUCUGCACCCGACUUUCUUGACGCCUGUAAGCGUCUUUACAAUGAUUUUGGAUAUGCCUCUUUUAAUUUAAACUGCGGAUGUCCAAGCACCAAGAUUGCGUGCUCUGCAUCUUCCGGAGCUGCAUUGAUGCUCAAUCCAGAAUUGGUAUCUAAGAUCAUCAUGAAUGCCGCAGACUCUCUUCCAAUGUGCUCUUUUUCGCUAAAAUGUCGCACAGGCAUUGAUUACAACGAUUCGUUUGAAUUUUUCAAGGCGUUUAUUGCAAAAAUUGGGCCAUCAGACAAAAUUUCCAUAGAUGUGCAUGCAAGGAAGGCGUGGCUUCAAGGACUUUCUCCAAAACAGAAUAGAACGAUUCCUCCCAUAAAUUAUGACUUUGUAUAUAAAAUUGCGAGCGUCUUUCCUUGCACCUCAUUUUCGAUCAAUGGCGAUAUUAAGUGUGUCUCUGAAAUCGAACACCAUCUUCAAAGCUUUUCUGGGAAUAUCAUGAUUGGCAGAUCUUUGUAUGAUAAUCCAAUGAUUCUAUAUGCUCUUUCUCUAAGCUUGGACAAAACACCUGACCAACUCAAGUAUCAACUGAUCAAUGAGAAAAGAGUGGCGGUUGUGAAAGAAUAUUGUCGACGGAAACACCUCGGUACCAAACCGCUUGAAAAAUUCCAAUUUAUUGGCUCCAUUGAUGGGCAUAUACUCUGGCACCCCAGUUAG